AUGCAACUUAUUGUCAAAACCCUCACUGGAAAAACCAUCUCUCUUCAAGUUGAACCCACCGACACCAUUGAUGUCAUCAAGAGCAAAAUCCAGUCUCUUGAAGGCAUUCCUGUCGAUGAACAAAUACUCUUUUUAGGAGAAACUCCACUAGAAAGCGGUGUCCCAUUAGCUCAAUACGGACUUGUAAAUACCAACCUCAACGAUUGCAGAGAAAUCGCUCUUGUUACACAUAUGCGUGGCGGC